AUGGAAGCCUUGCUAGGCGAGCGAUUCUCGCUAGGUCCCGUUCCAACGGGGGAAGAACGGAUUGUGAUUCCCAUUGUUGGCGGGACUUUUACAGGUCCCCGGAUGUCCGGCACCGUCCUCAACCUCGGUGCCGACUGGCGCCUCACCGACACUUCGGGCGCCUUCCGCCCCGAAGCACGCUACAACAUCCUCACGCACGACGGCAGCUACAUCACCGUGCAAACUGCCGGGAUGCCGGCGGGACCGGACGGGCGCGCCAUGGUGCGCGGGCAGUUUGAGGCGGCGCGGAAUGGGCCGUAUGCAUGGCUGAAUGAUGUUGUGGGGGUGGGGGUGUUGAGGCGGAAUGGGACGGGGAGUGUGGAGAUUGAGAUGUGGGAGGCUAGUGUGGGGUAG